ACCUAGGUUGCUCUGUCAUCAACCGGCAGCUCUAGCUAUAGGUUGCUGUUGAAUAAUUUACACUGCGACUUCCUUGCAGGACGAUCGACAAAAUGUAUGCCGUGGACGCCCUUGGUGUGGCACCUGCCGGCACGCAGUCGAGUGAUUUACAGAAAAACUGGAGUUUCACAACAUUAGGUUACAAGGCGCCCAUCAUUCCCGGUGCAGUGGCGGGCUACAAGCUACUUCACGAGCGAUUCGGCAAACUGCCUUGGGCCGACCUGUUCACCGAUGCGGUCGCCUUGGCUGACAAGGGCUUUAUCGUCGGGCCCCGCUUAGCUGCAGCCCUGAAGAGGAACAAAAAGGCUCUGACCCUCGACGACAAUGGGCGGACUGCAUUCAUCGACCGCGGGACCGGAGAAAUUGUGGCUGGGGGAACUCCGCUUACGCUUCCGCGCGUUGGAGUGGUUCUGCGACGAAUAGCAAAAGACCCAUAUACGUUAUACUCUGGACACCUCGGACAAGAGCUGGCUGCCGAAUUUCAGAGAAAUCCGGAUAAGGCAUACAGGGCCGGCUACAUAACGUGGGAUGACCUCCAGCGUUACAGGCCCCGCUUAAUGGACGCGCUGAGUGCCGAGAUAGGAGAUGGCAAAGUCUUCCACACGGUUCCUUUCCCAGGCAGCGGAGCCAUCGUGGGGAGCCAUACUGGAGAGAUUUAA